GAAACUGUACAGUAGCAGGUGGCUUUAUCAAUCAAUUCGUGAAAAUGGCGUCGUCGUUACAGUCUCUGUGCACGAUUCGCUCCACCACCUCAUUGCCUUUCUCGUGGAGAUCAACCUUAUGUUCCCGCCAAAGCAUCCCAUCACUCUCAACGACCUCAACUCCAUCUCCCGAAUCUGGUAACCCAUUUGGACCCAGAAGCGACACCUCCUCAUCCUCUUCAAUAUCUACCUUCCUCAACAACCCUAACUCGAUUCGAACUGUGAAGACCAGAGCCCACCUCAACUUCCCUCUAAUUUCCCCCCAAGAUCACUGGGGAACAUGGACAGCUCUCUUGGCCACGGGCGCUUUCGGGAUCUGGUCGGAGAACACCAAGAUCGGAAGUACAUUGAGUGGCGCCCUGACAAGCACUCUUGUUGGUCUUGCGGCCAGUAAUCUCGGAAUCAUUUCUUGUGAAGCUCCAGCUUAUUCUGUAGUGCUGGAGUAUUUGCUUCCCGUGGCUGUUCCCUUACUCUUGUUUAGAGCCGAUUUGCGUCGUGUGAUACGGUCCACUGGAACGUUGCUCUUGGCCUUCUUGCUUGGAUCAGUUGCAACGACAAUUGGAACAGUAGUGGCAUAUCUGUUGGUUCCUAUGCGAUCACUAGGUGGAGAUAGUUGGAAGAUAGCAGCUGCACUCAUGGGUAGACACAUAGGUGGAGCUGUGAAUUAUGUUGCCAUUUCGGAUGCUCUUGGUGUUUCUCCAUCGGUUCUGGCAGCAGGACUAGCUGCAGACAAUGUUAUUUGUGCUGUAUAUUUUACUUCACUUUUUGCAUUGGCAUCUAAAAUACCUCCUGAGGCUGCAACAUCAACUGAUGGUGGGGUGAUGGGUAUGGAGUCAAAGCCUGGAAACAAGCUCCCUCUGCUAGAGACAGCCACUGGUCUUGCUGUAUCCUUUGCUAUCUGCAAGGCAGCUGCUUAUCUCACGAAAUUGUUUCGAAUUCAAGGAGGCCAACUUCCAUUCGUAACGGCAAUUGUAGUAGUUUUGGCAACCAUAUUUCCCGCACAACUUGGUCACCUUGCACCAGCUGGUGAAGCUGUUGCAGUAAUACUGAUGCAAAUCUUCUUUGCGGUGGUGGGAGCAAAUGGGAGCAUAUGGAAUGUCAUCAGCAAAGCCCCCAGUAUUUUCAUGUUUUCUCUGGUUCAAAUAGCAGUCCAUCUUGCUGUGAUCCUUGGAUUGGGAAAGUUACUACGUUUUGACCGCAAGCUGUUACUGAUAGCAUCAAAUGCCAAUGUUGGAGGCCCUACAACAGCAUGUGGGAUGGCUACGGCCAAAGGAUGGAGUUCUUUGGUUGUUCCUGGGAUUCUUGCAGGCAUAUUCGGAAUCGCCAUUGCUACUUUUCUUGGCAUUGGAUUCGGAGUGAUGGUUCUUAAGUAUAUGUAAUGGCCAUGCUUUUAUUUGGUUUUAAUGGUUAAAAGAUGGCAUGAUUCACUACUAGGUUGACAUUCAAAGAGUUAAUAACACAGAAGUUUAACUUGU